AAAAAAAACAAAGUAGUCGCUAUAACUUGAAUUUAAUGCGUAUUUCACAAUGAGUGCAUAAGAUUUCAUAGAUUCACUUCUAAAUAUAUUGAACCAUUUGUAAAUGAACACUAAAAAUAACUUGAGAUCGAAAGUAAUACAUUACCGGCGGCAAAGGAAAAUUAGUAUAAUCGAACCAUAAGGACAACAAAAAGAUGGGUGUUAAAGGUCUUAAUAAUUUUAUAACUCGAUUCGAAAAGAAUAUCAUCGAUCGGAUUGAUAUGCAUGACGAGAUUGAAAAUUGGAAAAUCGAUAACAAUGGAAAAGUGCCGCAAAUAUUAAUUGAUUUAAAGGAAGUAGCCCAUAUUUUUGUACAACGUGAUGAAAUUGGUGUGAUUCUGGGUGGCCGUUUCGAUUAUUACAAUAAAAUGUUGCGUAAUUUUUUGGAAAAUUUAAAAAAGACCAAUGUCAAAUUGGUAUUUUUUAUGGCUGGCACCAAGUACACCGAUGACCUUCAAUUUUUUAUUCCAAAACGGGAAUCUGAAUAUAUGAAUUGUUUGACCAUAUUCGACAAACUCGAAUCGAAAUCCGAUUUGAAAGCGUAUCUGGAUGAGAAAAAUAAAUUUUCAACGGACAUUCGUAUGUCAUUGGCAUUUGAUUAUAAUCUGAAGAAGCUGGUGCGCCGUUACGGUGAUUUCUAUGUGAAUCUCUUUCGGCAUAAUCAAGAAAUUGCACGUUAUGCAAAACAACAUGCCGACGAAGUAUUGGCGAUCAUUUCCAAUGAUACGGAUUUCAUGGCAUUCGAAGGUGAUUUUCAAUUUUGGAGGGCCAACGGCAUAAACAUCAAGACACUAACUGGCAUCCGUUAUUGCAGGCAUAAAUUACUCGAAAAACUACAGUUAAAUAUUUAUCAAAUGCCAUUGUUGAGUGCAUUGUGUGGAUCCAAUUUUCUUCCGUAUUAUGUCAUCGGUGAUUGGAUAAAUAAAUUGGUUGCAUCAAAUACUACCGAAAAUCGCGGAAAAAUUUGGAAUGUUUCAAUGUACGUAAAACGUCAACCAAUGGGAAUGGUUAAAAAUAAGCCAAAUUUCGAUUUGGAACGCAUCAGUUGUGAUAUUUUUGGACCAGAUUGCACACCUGAACAAUUGAACUCCAUUGAAAAUGGGUUAAAUUGCUAUGAUAUAAAUUUUAACGAUGAACCGGAACCGAAAAUGUCAUUUUGGAAAUUUUGUAAAAAACAUGACGCAUUCAUGUAUAAACUGGUUGUGGACGAUAUAUUCAAUGUAAAAGAUGUGGAAUUCAUUGAUUUCCGUAAUUAUAAGUCCAAGAGCUAUACGGAAUUGGUGGUACCCAUUUUAAUGAAAUUAUGUGGCAUUUUAUUGAAAGACCACGCACGACGUCGGGACACACGCAAAAUUUGCAUCAAACAUGCACAUGAUGAACCGUUCAAAGUCACCGAAGAAAAAAUCAUCUAUCCACCAAUGAAAUUGCCGGAAUUAUUUGAUUUGAUCUUCAAAAAUAAGGAGCGUAAUUUUGAUAAAUCUCGCUGGAAUCUGCUCAAUUGGGUUCUUGAUCUCGACGAUGAUUUUCCGAAGAAAUUUUUGGAGAAAAAAGAAUUUAUGGUGGUCAUUCUUACACUAAAAUAUUUAGUUCAGCAAGAAGAAUUGACGGCGAAACAAGCCAAUGCCAUUUUAUAUACGGAACAUAAAAUUCGUAAUCUUGGUUCAGCCAAAAUUGACUAUCCACAAACUCCUAAUGCUGAUUACGUUCGCAUCGCGCAUUUGUACGUAAAAAUCUACGUUUUGAUCUCUCAUUGCCUGGAUGUUUGUGGUCUACAUGAAAUGACAGAUUUGAUUCGAUUCGAAGGUCCACUCUUCCAUAAAACGAUGGAAAAAUUCGAUAUAUCCAACGAUUCACAAAUGCGAGUACUCCACUCGUCCAUUGAAUCAAUUUUCAUUUUUUCAUAGACUAAAUGCAUUAGCCAUACAAUUUUAAACAGUCUUUUGUUUUUAAAUCAAACAAAAUGCCAGUAUAUUUUGUACCACAUUUUAUUAUCCAUUUUUUAAAGCGUAAAUUUGAAGUGCACUUACUAUUUAUAAUAUUUGAAAUAUUAUCUUUGUGAUGAAAUCAGAUCUAAUAAUCAUUUUUAUUUACAUUAGUCAUUUUGUGCUUGUCAAAGAAGUAUAGUCAUUAUUUAAUUUUAUUUCGUAUUUGUAUAACAGAUUCUACAUUGGCUGAAACUGAAAAUGGAAAUAGCGGUUUCGAAGUAAGAGAUCGUUCCAAAGUGUCUUUGGUAUGACAUUUUAUUACAAACAUAGAUUGGCUAUUUUCACUUUUAUUAUCAGCCACUUAUAUGUUUGAUGUAAGCUGAUAAAAUUGUGAUUGUUCACCAAAACUCCAUAAACUCCACCAAUAUUACAAUUCCAUUUGAAUUCAGAUUUUAAAAAUAUUAUUCUGUGUUUAGCUCUAAUAUGACAAUAAAAAUGUAUCAACCGAAAAAUAAAUUAAUUAUUUUAUAAUUCCGAAAGUAUCCCAACAACGUUAUGAGUCAUAAUUUAUGACAGUAAAAAACAGAUGCUUAAUAAAACAUUUUCAAACGGCUUGUCGAAUCGUUGGAGGUAGACCUAGUAAUGAAUACUGCUCAAUGACAAUCUUCGUUGUAAUUAAUUAUUGACGACAAACCCGAUGUAGUUUCAAAUAUUUCUAGA